UAAAGUCACAGGUAGGAAGCAAGAUGCUUCCUCAGUGCAGCAUCUGGCUUUUCAGGAUCAUCUAGCACCAUGAGUCUACAGCUGGGGAAGUGGACAGCUAUCUUUGUGCUUUCUAUCUUACUGAUACUCCAGCUAGAAGCAGCUCCCCUAAAAAAUGACUGCCCCAAAACUGCGAUGAGAGUUAAGAGAAUGACACCAUUCUGGAGAAUAAUGUCCAUGCGUCCUGUUGGAGCAUCUUGCAGGGAUGAUACUGAAUGCCUUACAAGACUCUGCAGGAACCAAAGGUGCUGCUUAAAGACAUAUGCAGAUUGAUAGAAGACUCAACAGCUUGUGUGCAGCAAUAGGAAAGACAUGCACCUCCAUGAAUACAGAUAAAGGAGAUCUUCCUACUAACAUUGAUGUAUUUAUUUGCCUCUGUUUAAAACUUGUUCUCAUGGUUUUUAUAUUUAUUUUAUAUAUAAUAUAGUAUUUUUAAGCAUC